CUUUGGGUGUCAGCCGCUUUGUAAUUUUUUUAUUGUGAUAAAUAUAGAAUUAAUCAGUGAUAUCGUCGCGUAAGUGAAUAGAACAUGAAAUAACAAACAUGCAAUGAGUUUACUAUUGUGGCUCCUCGUGUAUUUUAUGUGAAAGAUAGCUUCUUCCGCCAUGACUGUAGUUCACUUGGUGAGGAAGUGCCCCGUAACAUUUGCGCUUUAUUUCGGGUGUAUUGCACUUUGUUAUCCGGUUUUAGCUCAAGAUGUGGCAGAGAUUCUGGACUUAUCAUCAAAGGGUGAGCUUGGUGGAUUAUCUAACAUCAGCUGCAGUGUUGCUCCGAGUGAGGUUCAGGUGGAAUGGCUUUAUAAUGGGGAACCUGUGAAAUUUGAUGAGAGAAUCAAAGAAAAUUCUGAAGAGAAACUCUUGCACAAAAAGGACUUAGACGGGAACCAGCAGAAAUAUAAACUCAGUAACGUGUCGAUAUCAAACACAACAGCGACCGAUGAUGGGAACUACACGUGUGUAGCGAAACUAGGGGAGAAGAGGUCAGAUAAAAUGGUCAUACUGGAUCUAAGUUUUCCCGGAAAACUGGUGAGGAACACGGCCGAUCCUAUCAAGCAGAAUGCGUCCGAUCAGGUCAAUGUGACCUUGGAGUGUGUUUUUGAAGUGUAUAAACCCAGUGAAGUGAAAUGGUGGAAACAGGGGAAAAAUGAUGAAAUUACCGAUCUUACAACGAAGCCGCCGAACAAAGUUAGUCUCAAAGAAAUCCAAAGUAACUACGAACUUCGUAUACACAGCCCCGAAGACAACGGGACCUACGUCUGUCAAAUAUUCGACAACGUGACGUCACUAAAUAUUACCGGAAACGUUGACGUCAUAGUCUUCGCUCCACCCCAAGUCGUGAUAGACACCGUGAUACCAAUCGGCGCUUCACAACUUUUCGUUAACUGGACGGUGAGGUCGUACAACUCGCCGAUAAGGUUCUACAACCUGAUGUACAGGAAGUUGCCCUCGACUGAUUUCAGUCUUUACACAAGAGAGAAAAUUGGAGUCAAGAACAUAUCGUUUGUCAUGGAAGGCUUAGUGAAUUCAACUAAAUACCAAUUAAAGUUGGAAGUGACCACUAUGCACGGUCAGAGCAAGCCACACAUAUAUGAAUCGACCGUUCGGACUUUGGACAAAGAUCCUAUUUUCGUGCCGAAUAUUUCCAUUAAUGGAUUUUCGGCGACAUCGGUCACUAUCGGUUGGGCUCCUCCGCCGGAAGACAUAGCUGAGCUGAUACACUAUUACCUACUCGAAGCGAGGAAGAUGGGUGAAGUGGCUCCACGGAGGGCAUAUCACUCUAGGGAUAGUCGUAACUUGCCGUAUAUGUUUGAUAACUUGGAACCACAUAGCACUUAUGUUUUCAGGGUUUGCGCCUGUUCAGACUUCACAAAGCGAUGUGGCAACUGGUCUGGUGAAAUGCAGGCGGCCACCCUGGACGGAAUACCCGGUCGACCUGCCAAUGUGACCGUCCAUUGCGCGAGUAGCUGGAUCAAUCUCACCUGGCAGCCUCCUCUGAAGCCCAAUGCUGAGAUUAAAGGAUAUACGAUGGAGUUAACAGGAAACGCCACAUACAGGGACCGGUAUGGCUCCGUCAAAGAAGCCAUGUGGGGCCCACUCACCAAGUUCAAAGCUAAUGAUUCCAGGAGUGUUCGGUUCGAAGAUCUCCAACCGAACACAAACUACACGGUACGCUUGAGUGCGAUGACUCGAACCCGUAGACGAGGUGAAGAAGAGACUAGGUAUUGCUCCACCGCUCCGGCGCCGCCCGACUCACCACCGAGGCCCAGGUGGAGGAAGAUACUGGAGAACGAAAGAUAUAUGUUUACCAUGUAUCUUCCAAGGAUAUCGGAGAGGAAUGGACCCAUCUGUUGUUAUAGAGUGUACAUGGUGCGUCUUCUGCCGCACUCUGAUUGGUCAAACCUUCCUCCUGCCCGAGACAUCAGUGUGCUCCAGUACGAGGAAGCUCAUGCCGUACAGCCCACUUUGGGGGCUUAUAUCACCGAUGUCUUCUCCAACGAUAGAUUCCCACCAGACUCGGAAGUCAUUCUCGGCGACGGCAAAUCCAUUUUCGAUAAAGAAGAUCCGGGCAUCGUUCGACCGUCUUGCAAAAGAUGUCUUCGUAAGCCGCGCCGGGUGUUAGACACCCCUGUAGUUCCUAAGACGACUACCACCGUCCCGACUACUAGAGAUGACCUGUUCGAGGAGGAGAUCGAUACUACCGCUGAACCAGAUCUGGAGGAGGAGAAAAGAGAGAGAAGAUCGUACGUGGAGGUUGAAAGAGACUACAUGAAGAAUCCAAUGAUGAUGGACAAAUUGGUGGACGAGGAGCAGGAUUGGGAAGAGGUGAUCGUGAAGGACGGCAUCUUGGAUCCCGCCGCUAACUACACGUUAUUCGUCGAGCUCAUACCGGGCAACGACCAGGACGAGGCCAUCUACAGCGAAUACGUUAACGUGCUGAUGCCCGCUGCCACGCCCCCUCCGUCUACGCACAACGCUACUUUGGAAAUUGCUCUACUGGUGACGUGCGCGGUGGCCGGUCUAGUGAUUGUGGUGAUGGUGGGAGUGUGCGUGGUGCAGAGCCGAUCUGCGAGAAAACUGCCGCCUCAUCCGCAUCACGCCAAUCUCGAGAUGAAUCCCAUACAGGCGGCUCUACGAUACGUAGUCGGUCAUAUUGGACGACAGACGACCGGAAGUGCCACGCCUCCCGACUUGCCUCCGAUACCGAGAGAUCAGCUUCCCGCCGCAUACGCCGAACGUCAGGCGGACUCCGACUAUGGCUUCCAAAAGGAAUUCGAGUUGUUGCAGAUGCUGCCCGAGUGUUUCCCGGACAGGACCAGCCACGCCUCCGAAGCCCGGGAGAACCAGCCGAAGAACAGAUACCCGGACAUCAAGGCUUACGAUCAGACCCGGGUGAAACUCGCCCAGAUCGACGGAAUAAGCGGCAGCGACUACAUCAACGCCAACUAUGUGAUGGGAUAUAAGGAGCGGAAGAAGUUCAUCUGCGCUCAAGGCCCAACGGAGACCACGGUGAACGACUUCUGGCGGAUGAUAUGGGAACACGGCUUGGAACUGAUCGUGAUGCUGACCAACCUGGAGGAGUACUCCAAGGUGAAGUGCAGCAAGUACUGGCCGGACGAGGUCCGCGGGAGUCGGGCCUUCGGAAAUAUAACGGUUCAUCAUGUUUCCGAGAAGCGAUAUUCGGACUACAUCGUACGAGAGCUGAGGAUAUCGAAGCAGGCUGUGAACUCUGAUGGCCAACCGGUCGUUGAGAAUAAUGGAAACGCUAAACGAAACGGAGAUUGCGGUAUGGGCGAGCUGAGUGCCCCGACGUCCCCACAGACGAAGGGCGAAAGCCGUCUCGUCCGUCAGUACCAUUUCCUCAUGUGGAAGGACUUCGCCGCCCCCGAGCACCCUCACUCUAUACUCAAGUUCAUCAAGCGCGUGAACGAAGCGUGGUCGGUGGCAGUGUCCCGGGAAGUAGUGGUCCAUUGCUCGGCCGGUGUGGGUCGAACUGGGACACUGGUGGCUCUCGACUGCCUCUUGGAGCAACUGCGCGACACCAACUGCGUGUCCGUCUUCAAUUGUGUGGCUGAGCUGCGGGCGCAGAGGAAUUUCCUUGUGCAAUCGCUGAAACAAUACGUGUUCGUAUACCGUGCCUUGGUGGAGUACGCUCACUUCGGCGAUACGGAGAUUCCGGCCUCGCGGCUCAAGAGCGCCAUCGACAGACUCCGAAACACGCCCGAGGCCAGCGACAAGAGUCUCAUGGAAAUGGAGUUUGAGAAACUCAUCCGUCCGCCAGUGAUCGAGAGCGCGAAGUCGUGUGCGGCGGGCGGCGGCGAGGAAGUGAGAUCUCGGAACAGAUCCACCGACUGUCUGCCCUACGACCGGAACAGGGUCAUCCUGGCACCUCUGCCCGGACGGGACUACUCCACGUACAUCAACGCGUCGUUUAUUGAGGGUUACGACAAUUCUGAAGGCUUCAUAAUCACACAAGACCCACUUCCCAACACAAUCAUGGACUUCUGGCGAAUGGUCUCCGAGCACAAUGUCUCCACUAUCGUCAUGCUCAGCGAGUUGGGUGAAGGCAAGUGUCCGCGGUACUGGGACGACGGGACGGUGCAGUACGAGCACAUCUCAGUGGAGUAUGAGGAGAGCGAGUCCUGCCCGUAUUACACCAGGAGACACUUCACCGUUACCAAUAACAAGAGCGGCGACUGGUGCGCCGUGCGGCAGCUGCAGUACCACGGCUGGCCCACGGCGGCGGGUCACGUGCCCGAGGUCACGCGCGGCCUGUGCGAGCUGGCCGAGCGCACGCAGCCCUCCGACCACGACAACACGCGGCCCGUGCUGGUGCACUGCCAAUACGGCACGGAGCGGUCGGCGCUGUUCGUUGCCCUGUGCAUCCUGACGUGGCAGCUCCGAGUCGAGAGACGCGUGGACGUCAGCGCCGUCGCCCGGAAGCUGCGCUCGCAACGGACCAACACCAUCGACACUGUGCUCCAAUACGAAUUCCUCCACCGUGCCAUACUGAACUACGCGGAGCUCCACAACCUGCUCGACGACAGCUAAACGUUAAAUGAUGAAUUCGGUGAAUGAGACAAAUAUAGAUGUAAUCUUUUCUAAUGACCUUUUGUACUGAUGAAUGAAAUUGAUAUAUUUUUUUAUACUUUUGUUACACUGACGACCCUGUCCUCCGAGCUAUGUUGUCUUUAUUAUAAAUUAGGUUAUGAUUUCUAAAAGAUAUUUUUUAUCGUCAGUGUGAAAGGAAAUCUUCGGUUCGUACCUUGUGCGUUUUUCGGUGCGUAUUGGCCUCCUAUCCUGUACUUUUAGUACUGUAUUUACACAAAUUGACGGUGCUAAGUUCGAUUGAGAAAAUUUGGACUUUUCCUAUCGACGUCACGAAGUCGAUUGGCAGGUAGAAUUGUAAGCUUGUCUCGAAGCGAGGAGAUCUGACGGUUUUGUUAUACUUUAUGGUUUUUUAGUUUCCUGAUAUUAAAGUCUAGUAUUAAGUGGCGUCGCCGCCUACGCGCUCGUUGUGUCCGCUUUGCGAGCGUUUAUUUAUAUUGGUAUUUAUCGACGGGUAAUAGAAUGGUUAGUUCACGUCGUUUAAUACUUUCGAAAUGUCAAUGCUCUUAGCUUUUGGCAAUUUUGUGAUCAAACUAUCCUAAAAUCCCAUUUUAUUACCUCGAGGCUUCUACCAAUUGCAACUAUGUCCAAAGAGAAAAAUUGUAUUUAUUUUUGCUAAAGGAGCGGCCGGACGAAGCAUUUUUGUUUCUUUUCGAGGGUUUAUGAAACCUGGCCAAAACUUAUACCCCGACGCGUGCAUACUGAUAGUCGUUGUAAAUAUCACAUUAAAAUGUAUAAUUUAUUCAAUUUAUGUUGGUUUUCUUUAGAAAAAAUAACGAAAAAUAAAUGAAGCCACGGUCCAUUGGCCAAAAUCAAAUCACUUCAUGUUCGAUUUCAAUCAUACAUGAUUCCCCAAUUCCAAAUUUUUAUGACUUAUCGAGAAAUGAUUAAAACAUUUUUCAAUAAAUAAAUUUCUACUAUUGAUGUAUAGUAUCGGCAAUCGGUCCUUUCGCCGAUUUUAUAUUCGGUUGUAAAUUGAGGAAUAUCACAUCAGUGUGCACGGCUCACGAUCCUCGGUGUAUACCGUUUUAGUUAGUUAGGCCACGAGUGACUGUUUAUAUGUUUAAAUAGGCUAAGCUAGUUAAGAUUUCGUAUGAUAUUUUGUGUAACUGUGAUGUUGUAGGGAAAUGUAACAUUCGGACAUCUUACGUCAUUUUAUAAGGAAAGUUUUAUCGAAAUUUUACUCACCUAGCAUUCAACGUUUUGAAAAUAUUUAAAGAGUAUUUUAAAUAUAUUGUAGUACAACACCAGCCGGUAGGUAAAUUAUAAUAGAUUCCUUUUGAUCUGGUUAAAAUUAUAUCGAUAUAUUAAUAGUAUAAAGCGAGUCGCAUAGAUAAUCCAAUAAAUUAGAAUUAUUUAUAUAAGUUAUCUCACGUAAGCACACAAUAGAUUUUAAGUCUCGAUAACAUCACAGUUGCACACUUGUAUACAGAUAGGUUUAAGUACAAUCAAAUGCAGGAGCUACUCGAUCGGCUCUCCGAGGUAGCUGCUACGUUUGAGGUGACAAUUCGGGAAAGAUUUUUAUAAAACGCGGUAAAGACAAUGCACAAAAUUGAUCAGAAUGAAGUUUGAAUUGGCUGCUUACGGUUAUUCAAAAGUUUAGCUAAACUGUAUGGAUUUUUAUAAUUUAACGUGUCCUAUUUAAGUUCAUAGUCAAAUUCUUAGUACGUUAAGAUACGUACGUGUUCGCGUAUACACGUAUACGUCGGCUUUAUAUUGCCGCAUGUUUUAUAAAUAUCUCAAUGAGUCCUUAAGGAAGUGGCUGGCUUGUAUCUGCAGUCUGAGGCUCGGUUUUAAUACUCAAACGAUAUUGGCGGUACGUUUACGCACAAGGAUGAUUUUCGAAAAUUAUAAUGAAGAGGUACUGGAAAUAAUACCAGUACGCCAAAUUUUUUAUGGCAAUUAAGGGUUGAUAGUGAAUGAAACGGAAAUUGUAAGCAAAAAAGUGCUAAUCAACCAGCAUUGCUAUUUUUGUUUGGUCAAUGUUCAGAAGCGCGGCAGCCUAAAUUUACUUCUUUAGCCAUGAUCGCCGACCUUCGAAAGGAGAUGGCGCUCAUGCCAAGAGCCAAACAGACAGUGUAGUCCGUAACUAUUUGACCUAUUUGAUCUCUUAAAUUGUGUUCAAGAAAAACCUGAUACAAGCCAGGUGAGCGACUGACGUGUGUUAGCUUUUAAGAACGCUGUAGGUUUUUGUAUGAAUAUAGAAGAUAAGUUAGAUUUCGUACGAAGACUGCGUGUAUGCGUAAAAUGGUAUACCUCGACGGCCUAAGAAACGCCAUAUGAUUUAUUGUCAGAUUCACACCAUUACUUCUAGAUGAAACACCGUCAAAUGUAUGUUUCCAUCAGUAAAACUAUACAUAUGUUUGACACAAUGUUAACUAAUACAUUAAAUGAAUUUACGAAAAGUACAACUCCGCUGAAAGUUACGAAUAAUACAAGUCCUUAUAAUAACAAUGUAUGUAUAAUUAUAAAUAAGCUUGAAAAUUACAGGUACUAAAUUGUCUCGUGUAACUAGCCCACCUAUAUGAUACCUAAAUUAGGUUAAUUAAACGUAUACUAUUUUACGUAAAUCGCGUCUUAGGAGUUCAAAUUUAUAUCGCACUACUGUGGUAUGCUGAUACAAUUUAAAAAAAAUGUUAGCUUUAUUUUUUCUAUUACAGCUAAAAACAUACUUGCACAAUUCUAUUACAUUUACUCUUGAAAAUCGUUAGUGAAGCUGUGUGUCCCAUGUCUGGCAGGAUUGUUUGAAGCCGUAAUUUCUGUCAAAAGUUUCAACAAGAAAUGUUUCCUGUUAUUCCGCUUAUUAUUGUACUUCUAGUCCUGACUCUCCGCUUACUAUUGCUCUGUUUAACAACACGUAGACGUUUUAUAGUAAUCGAUGGGUACGAAUAACCCAAAAGAAUCUGAAGAGUAACUAAAAUAUCAAAUUAAAUGUUUAUAAUAUUUUUUUAGUUUUAAAUUUGUUGAAAAUAGUUCAAAAAGUUGAGAAGCGCAGCCUAUAUUUUAAGUUAGGUUAAGAAAAAAAUCCUUUUGAUAAUUUUAUAUCGAAAUCGCUUUGUAUAUAAUAUUAAGUAGUUCGCGCAAAGUCAAAAAUUUGUAUUGUAGACAUUUUUAUUUGUAUCAAUAAUUGUAUUCAACGCAGUUCUAUUGAGAUAAGUUAUGUUUUUUUUUAUUUUUGUAAAUAGAUUAAUG